AUGUCGGACCAUGGGGCCGUGUCUACCCACGCCGCGGCGGCUGCUGCUGACGCCACGGCCUUCCCACCCACCCUGGAGGCACUCUUCUCUGGGCCUUCAACGGUGACCAGUGACGUCUCCGUCACCAACGACCUGACGUCCGCCGACGCUGAGAAUCGCCACCUCGAGGCCCACGUGCAAGCACACUCCUCGUCAUCGGUCGCCGAAGCCCACGCCGAACUUCUCUGUGCGGAGGAGGCCUACGCGGCGGUGGACCGGGAGGCACGCGCGACGGACGACAACCUUCAGAAACGCGUCACCGCCGACGCCGACAUGCUGACGGCCCUCCAACAACAGCGGCGGCAGAUGGCGGCUGCGGUGGCAGCCAUGGAACGGGAGCUUGCGGCGGCGGCCGCGGCCUGUGAGGCGUCCACGGCUUCAGCGGAGGAGGCGAAGCUAGAUGGGGCGCUCCUGAGGGCGGAGGCGAGCACAGCGCUGGCUGUGCAACGCAAACAAGUCAAAUACAUGUGGGCGCUCUCCAUCGCGCCCGCUCAGUGGUGGCCGAGGGGAACACAGUGCCGGCCGCCCCUGCUACUGCAUCGGGCCAACUCCCCCCGCGUGCCCGCUGCCGCCACCGCCUGUUUCCAGCUUCAGGAGAGUGAUUUCCCGCAGCUGCCACAGGUGAAGGGGAAGACAGCCUCGCCGGGGCGCCGUUCGCGCACGCCGCCGGAGCUCAUCACCGUGGGGUACGUGACUUCGGCGGAGGCGAGGGAGAGGGGCGGCGGCGCACCUGCUUUGGACACCCCGGUGGCGACUACCGCCGGCACCGCGGCCGACACCGCCGCCGACACCGCCGCCACCGCCACGGCCGGGAUGGUGCCACCGCCGCUACGCGCACUCCGGGGGGGAACGGCGGCGCCCACUGCCAGGGAGGUGCCUGCAGCGGCUGAGAGGGCAGUCCAACGUGCCCAAGCAGUGGAGGCAGAGGCACGCGAUGCGAAGUGGGUCGCCCGUGUGCAACAGUACAAGAAGCACAACACGGGGGUCACGCUGGAAGAAGCGGUCCACCGGGUGUGGGAGUCGUAUGUCACCUGCUUCUACCUGUACCACCCCGAUACGGCCCCCGCCCCGCCCAGCGACCCACCUUCGUGGUACCUCGGGGCGGUAGCGGCGUCGGCAACGUCGCCACGGCACCCAUGGGCUCAUAUCGAGGCGGCGUCGCCGGGACCGCCGCCGCCGGAGAGGACAGCGGCGCCGCAGCCCCCUGCACCGGUUCCCGUAGUCGCCAGCCCCGCACCACGGCGCUAUCAGCACUUACGCCACGGAGCCUCGUCAUCAUCUUCGCCGCAGGGGUCGCCCCCGGUCGCCGGGACCGUCGCCGCCGCUACACCCGGCCACAGCACCGCCGUCGCUGCCGCCACAUUACACCGGCGAUAUCAGCACACCCGCCACGGUCCACCGCCCUCCCCGCCGUUGCCCCUGCUCGCGACAACGACCGUCGCCCUCGACGCCCGUCGCCCCACCGUCAGCACCAUCCCCAACCACGGCCACCGCGCCACCGCCGCUGCACCCACCAACAGCAGCCACCGAUCCACAACCGCCGCCCCCGUCAACAACGGCCACCGCCCCGAUCCUGCCUCCACCCAUCACGGUCACCUCCCCACCGCCGCCCCCGAUAACACACGACGCGGCCACAUCAUCCGCCACCACAACCUGCCCCCCUCACAACCAAGGUACCACGUCCGCCACACCAACAUCCCGUCUUGGCCGGCCACCUCCGCAGCGCUGGAGGCCGACCCAUCGCGGGUGCAGGACUCAUCAGCCCUAUGGGCCGCCGCCGCCGAGAUCGACGCCACAAGAUCUCGGAGGCAUUCCGCUUCCUCACCCACCACCGCCGCGCCCGCGUCAGCGCCGUUGGCGGUCGCCGCUCCAUCACGGGGACCGGCACCGGAGCCGUCCUCAGCAUUCGUCACCGCCAUGGGGGAGGGGCCCGCUUCGUCACCGUGGGUGACCUCGACGCGCGACCCUGGAGUAUCGGAGCGAGAGCAGCAGCUGGAGCGGGAGGUGCAGCGGCUAGCGGAGCAGCUGGCGGCGGCGGAGGUGGGGG